GUUCGAUUUUGCCAAAUUAAGGAAUGGGUUGUAUUCAUCCAAAGGAAGGAAGAACACGUCAAAUAUGGAGACGGAAUGGUCAUAGAAGUAAGCAAUUGGCUUACAAUGAACUCCUAAUUCUUGCUUCAGAAACAGCUUUUAGUGUUAAUGAAGUUGAAGCAUUAUUCGAGCUUUUCAAGAGCAUCAGCAGUUCUGUGGUUGAUGAUGGUCUAAUCAGCAAGGAAGAGUUUGUAUUAGCUUUAUUCAAUAACAGAAAGAAGGAAAGCCUUUUUGCAAGCAGGAUAUUUGAUAUGUUUGAUGUCAAGAACAAAGGAAUGAUAGAUUUUAGUGAUUUUGUUAGAUCACUUCAUAUUUUUCACCCAAAUAUUCCUCAAGAAGACAAAAUCAAAUUUUCUUUUCAACUCUAUGAUUUGGAUGGAACUGGAUUUAUUGAGCGACAUGAGGUUAAGCAAAUGAUAGUUGCGCUCUUAUGCGAAUCAGAGUUGAAUUUAACCGACGAGUUGAUUGAGAGUAUCCUUGAUAAGACGUUUUUGGAAGUAGAUACUAAUCAAGAUGGAAAGAUUGACACAUCUGAGUGGAAAGUAUUUGUGAGGGAAAACCCUUCAUUGUUGAAGAUAAUGAACCUUCCUUAUCUAAGGGAUAUAACGACAUCCUUUCCUAGUUUUGUGUUCCAUUCCGAGGCUGAUGUUGAGAUCUCGGAACCAGACAAAUCUAGCUAGUAAAUUUAGAAUUAUUCAUGUAAUACAUCUAUCAACCAAAACAAAUCACAAUUUGUGUUAGCAUAUAUGUAGGCUCACAAAAGUGAUAGGCUACUAUUAAUUUCAUUGGGUUUUUUUUACUAUCUUUUCAGUAACACCAUAUUUAAGAUUUUGAAAAUUGAA